AUGCCCAUCACCGGUGCCAGUGCCCCCGGGGUGACUGUGAAACCAGUGUGCACCCAUCAGGAUCGGCUCUGCCGACCAGUUCUGCUGAGGGCACUGCUCCCCACCAACAUGGCACCACUUCACCAGCAGCUAAAUCUAGGCUGUCUGCAUCACCUAGUAGACCCCUCCCUGGUCUGGUCCCUGCGCGACCACUGGCUUGGAAUGUGGUACCAGCUGGAGUGUGGAAUCCCACCGCGCGGGUGCCCUGCUGUGAUAGUGAUAUAUAUCUCUGCAUCCUACCUUGGUGGGGACUGCGUGCUGGCUGUCCCCUCGCCCGAAGCAGCCUAA